AUGGAAGUGGCCGGCCAUGCUGGAAAACUUGUCUUCGGAUUACUUGCCGAACAGAUACCAGUAGUUCUGAUGGUAGGGCGGGCACACUAUUACGAAGGUCAUUCUAUUCGUCAAGUGACAUUUCCAGUUCGCGUUUUCAAGGUCCUUGGGAUCGAGACUAUCGUCUUAACAAAUGCAGCUGGCGGCCUCAAUUCAGAAUAUGCGGUAGGGGACGUGGUGAUCAUUAACGAUCAUAUUUUCCUUGCCGGCUUGGCAGGCACACACCCGUUGCGUGGGCCAAAUUCUGAACAAUUUGGCCCCCGAUUUCCUGCCUUAUCCGAUGCCUAUGACCUUGAACUUCGCCGCUACGCACACCAAGCUUGGGGUGCAGUCAUCAAUAAAGAAAGCAAACGUAGAUUACACGAGGGUAUAUAUGCCUUUGCCGGAGGUCCGAGCUAUGAAACUCGGGCAGAAUGUCGUUUGCUUCGUCAGAUGGGAGCUGAUUUAGUUGGCAUGUCCACUGUACCGGAAAUCAUUGUCGCAAGGCAUUGCGGUAUAAGGGUGUUAGCUUUCAGCUUGGUAACAAACAAAGCAGUCCUUUCUCCUAUCCCUCGCGGGGAUGAUCAUCUUCUCCAAGCAAAGGACGUGAAGGAGCUGGAUACCAUUCUCCAAGAAGGGAAGGCAAGCCACGAAGAAGUCCUCGAGGCUGGUCGUACCGCAGCGAUCGACAUGCAGAAACUCGUUGUCAAGACCCUCUCAAUCGGGUUUAGGCAUCAUCAGUCACAGUCUGGUUAG